UCUCCAUUUUCUUCCUUUCUUUUUCAGUGAAUUGCUUGCUCCUUUAAAUGGACAACUUAGCAUUUGAAAUGCAAGAAGAUGGAACACAGAAGGCUUCAUCCAUGGGAAAGAUCAGUACUCUUUCCAAAGUGGAGAAGAGGCGACAGUGGUCACUGCUGAGCGUUUUCCUGCUGUGCCUGCUGGCCUGUUUCAUCACCACAGCAACAGGCGUGCUUACUCUCUCCCUGGUUUACCUCCACGCCAAACCUCGCUUUGAACAGGACGCCUCACCUCCACACACAGUGGUUCCCCAAGUACAGAAGGCUAUUGAUCCAAAAUUUCAAUUUCUUAAUCAUUUACCCAAAUCCAAGGUAUUUGAGUUCCCUGGUGGUGCAAUCCAGUGGGCAAGGUACAGGAACAACAUUAAAGACUAUCUCAGUGUUGAAGAAGAGGCAUUUGGCACCAGCUUGAACAGUCUGAGAUCACAGAUGACGCUGGGGACACUGAGAAUAAAGAGCAAGGGUCUCCGGGCUCCUCACUGGCACUUCAAUGCCAACGAGCAUGGCUAUCUCGUGCAGGGGACAGCAUGGAUCGGGGUGGUUGAUGAUGGAGGUGAGGUCGCGACCACAUACAAUGUCACAGCUGGCCAAGUGAUCUUCUUUCCUAAAAACACACUACACUGGAUAAAGAACGUGGGUCAUGAAGACUGCUUCUUCUUGCUCUUCUUUUCCACACAUGAUGAGCUACAGACAUUAGAUGUUGAUGAUGUGUUUUUCUCUACACCUGAAGACAUUGCUUCCAGGUCACUUAAGCCUGAAGGUGGAAUUAAUUUCAUUAGAAGAUUCCAGAAGCAAACAGAGGAUCAGGGGGUCAAUCUUCCUUCCAACUUGGCAGAGCUUGUUAUGGAUGCUAGUUAUAUACAGUCUCCUGACAGCAUUGUGUGGAGAUAUUUUUUUGACCUUAAAGGCUCAAAAGAAUAUAAGUUUCCAGGGGGAGCCAUCCAAGUAGCUCAGUACUGGAAGGAUGCAAAUGAACUAAGCAGCAAUGAGAAAAUUUUCAAUGAAUUUCUACAUCAGCAUCAAAAUGUCCUCGCAUUGAGUACACUCAGGAUUUAUAACAAUGGAUUGAGACAACCGCAUUUUCAUCUUAAUGCAAAUGAAAUGGGAUAUGUGGUGAGCGGAUGUGGAAAGGUGGGCAUCAUUGACACUCAGAGAACUAUAGAGUUUAAUAUCCACAUUGGAGAUGUGGUAUUUUUCCCCAUCGGAACUCAGCAUUACAUCAAGAACACAUGUGAUGAGGAUUUGCUCUUUGUUCUUGCCCUCAGCACCGGCGAUCAGGUCCAAACUCUUGACAUGGACGAUUAUCUCCAGGCCACCUCAGACCAUAUUUUGGCCCAGCUUUUCUUCAGGAAGCAAAGUGAGUUUAAGAAGAUUCCCAGAUUCCCAGAGGACCAGGCCAUCAACCUGCCCUAACUUCCUGAUGAGUUCAUGCUGUUCCUUGUCAGUUGUUGAGAAAGAAAGGCCGCUGGUUGAGAAACUUGGACUUGUUACAAAAUGAGAUGAGGCAACAGAGACAGAGCAGCCCUAGGAUUGCCCAUGGGCAUCCGAGUAUAGAAAAUCUUGCUGAUCAAACAUUUCACAUUUGGGUGUCUGAGGUAGCUGAUAAAUUGGCAUUAUUGAUGCAUUUUAGUAAACAUAUACAUACAUAUAUAUAUGUGUAUAUACUUGUAUAUAUAUGUCUUGUUACUUCAAAUAUAUUGUUUAAGUAUUUGCUUUUAUACAUAGAAGCAACAUUUAACUACACAAUUAUUAUUCAUUAUUCAUCAGUGUGGUAGGUAAAAAGGAGACUGAUAUUUAAAUACAUACAUAUGUAUACACAC